AUGUCUACCAAACGCAAAUACGAUGUCUACGUUGCAGUUUUCCAAGGCACUCCCGUGGAUUUCUGCAAAUAUCGGCAUACCGGCCUAUGGUAUGAGCCAGAGGACGAUGGCACCACGUUUUACGCCCACGUUACGGGCUUGGAGGGCGAGUUUAGAUUCCAGGAGCGCUGGAAUUAUGAUCCUGAAGGUUCACGCUCGUUUGCCAAAAAGGUCAGAGUCGGCACAACAAAGCGCCCCUUGACUCAUUCAGAGCUUGUCGCUCUUUCGGAAUCCGUCUCGGUGGAUAACGAUAACCCUGAGUUCAACUGCCAACAAUGGGUCCAAUACGCACUAUUGGUGCUCUACGAAAACGGCCUGAUAACUGAAAAGGAAUACAAUGAUGGUGUGAAUGGCAUGAUUGACGCUACGAUGGAGGCAAAGGAUGAGCAUCUAGGCUAG